CGACGAGAAUACGGAAUUAUUCCAAUAAACUUCUUCUUCUGAAACAAUCAUCACUUGAUAAAUGGAAUCUAAACCUCUGAAGCGACUGAACAGCAAUAACAACGCGUCUAUCUUCGAUAAGCUAUCGACAGCAAACACUGUCAAAAACCGCAAAGGUGCAGGUACUAUCGAGAUUUACAGUACUCAAGUCCGAUCAUUAUCUUGCAGGAAGUGCAAAAACAUUAGAUAUCUCCCUCCAAGGCGCCCCAAACUUCCGUAGACCGAAGGGUGCAGAGUCGAUAGGCGUUUAUGGUACUGCUCAACCAACAAUAGCAGGUUUGAGGACGCUACUUACCUUAUUAGGUGCUGCACCAAAUUCCUCUCCUAUGGUGUCUCCGAAUGGCACUAACGGCUCACAAAAUUCAUCAUUCAAAUCAGCAUCUAACACAGGCAAAUCAAAGUCUGUAUUCGUGUCCACGAGGGACGAACCGAUCGUUUACAUUUCUGGACGGUCUUAUGUUCUUCGCCAUGCAACAAACCCUAAACGCGGCAUGCAGUUGAGCUAUCGCGCUGAAUCUUUGGAAGGUAUCGAGGAACGCUUAAAAGCAGAUGUGUUGAGUGAAUCAAGAAAGUAUGGCGAUCUUAUUAUGACACAUGAAGAAAAUGCUGAGGGUGAAAUUAUACCAACUUGGUUAGCCGUUGAUGCAUCCAAUGUACUCACACCGAGGGAACUCUGGCAUUCAUUUAAGAAUAAUGGCUACAACUUAGAUUACCACCGUAUUCCCAUCUCACCAGAGACUCCACUUGAAGAUAACUAUCUCGAUGCUUACCUUAGAGUUAUGAAAGAUAGUGAUCCACGUGAAACAAACAUCAUUUUCUCUUGUGGAAUGGGUGUCGUCCGUACUACUUAUGCUAUGGCUGCAGCGUUGAUGGUCAGACGCAAACAAUUGAUUUCUCUAGGUGAGAAGGAUCCAUUCCAUGAUGUUGACUUAUCAGAACAUCUCAAUCCUUCUGAUCAACGAGCAUCGAAUGUCCUCAAACAAGCUACUGCACAACAUCACAAUACCAUGUCUUUAUUGAGACUCACACAUUUGGUUGAGCAAACGUUAUUGUCAGAGGACCAAAGAUCAGCUAUAGAACUUCUCAUCGAACAUCCAAAUCUUCUCGAAGACUUACGUGCUGCAAGUUUGGGUGACUAUCAUGUUGUUCUCAAUAUUAUGGCUUGCUUGGAGCGUGGUAGUACAUGUAAAGGAGUUGUAGAUCAUGUUGUCAAUAUGACAGACCAUGUCGUCAACCUCCGUGAAUCAAUUUUAGAAAGUAGGUUACGUUCAUCACUUACAAGAGUUGACGAGGAUACUCGACAAUUACAUCUACUUGAAGCAUUGAAAUCGCUCGAGAGAUACGCUUUCGCUGUUUGUUUCGCAGGUUAUCUAGACGAAUGUUCAGAUCUCGACAAACCUUUCAUCGAAUGGUUGCAACAGCGCAAGGAAAUUGGCAAUAUGAUACAAUUCCUUCGUCAUAAAGGUGGUCGCCUUUUUAACUUUGCUCCGGUGGCCGAUUUAUCAGAUCUCUCGAAACGUGCAGUCUCUCGUGGUGCACUUGACAGAACUGGUAUAAAUGCAACAGACCCAUCGUUCGCUGGUGGAACUGUACUCGCUGAUGAGUAUGCUGAGUUAGUCGUUCAUCGUCGCAAUGGUAUCCUCCUUAGAUCAAGUACGCUAUUGAAAAAUGACAUCUGGAGACAAACUGAGAAGCAUGUUGCUUUGCCUGGCGCUGUUAACUUCAGAAGAGUCGCUGAAUCGAAUAUCUAUGCACUCGGUCAGCCUGACAUAACAGCUAUCGAUCAACUUGUCGAAAUGAUUCGAGAGAUGCAACCUAAAUUGAAGCGUAUCACUUGGAUCAACCUAAGAGAAGAACCGAUCUCAUACGUAAAUCAAGAACCUUAUUGUCUUAGAAAGGAAGGAUAUUCCUUGAGAAACUUGAAAGAUUUCGGUGGUAUUUCCGCAUCUAGAUUGGAAGUACUUGAAGAUCGUUUGAAAAAUGAUGUCGUUGCUGAGGUAACGAAAUUAGACGGAAAACUUCUUUUACAUACCGAAACCAACGAUGGUAAAGUAGUGCCAUUGUGGGAAGAUGUUAAAAAAGAUGAAAUUGCCUCUUUGAGAGAUAUAAUGGAUAAGCGUCAAAAUGAAAUAGACUUCAAGCGCAUUCCUAUCACUUCGGAAGCCGUUCCAGAUUUUACAGACUUACAUGAUCUCAUGAAUGUUGUCAUUCAAUCUGAUUCUCAAUCUCCGAUCGUUGUCAAUUGUCAAUUGGGUAGAGGAAGAAGUACAUUAGCCGCUGUUCUGAUCCUACUUACUCAAAAGUGGCUCAAUAAAAGAUCACCUUUGGAACCACAUUCUGGUUUGAAGAGACAACCUACCAUCAACGUUGCAAAAAAGAGCUCAACACGCAAAUCAUACCAACCAAUCAAUAACCUUUUGAGAGUUAUCAGAAGAGGAUUGGAAGUAAAGAACAUUGUAGACGAUGCUAUUGAUGAAGCUGGUGACGUUUACAAUUGUAGAGAAGCAGUAGAAGAUGCGAGAAUCAAGGCGGAAGAGGCUACUGACGAGACGACAAAACGUCAGUUCAUACAAAAGGGUCUUAUUGCUCUUAGAAGAUAUUACUGGUUGAUCAUCUUCCAAUCAUACCUCCAGGAAGCCAAACCAGACACGUUGGAGAAUCUGCCAUCUCUCAAAGAUUACGUAGAAUUCAGACCGGUUUUAAGGACAUUUGAGAACGAGAUCAAGAGUGGUGGAUUAGAGUCAUUGCAUGCAUUGAAGCGCGAUGAGAACCCACCUGAGGGUAAUGCCCUCUCGGAUGAAGUAGAGAGAGUUGUCAGGAAUAGAAAUGGUAGAAUUCUUUCAGCUCAAACACUCCUUAAGUCUGACUUCUUCAGUCAAUUGCAAAAGAUGAGCUUGCCGGAGCGUGUAGAAGGUGCAGCAAACUUCAGACGUGUUUCACUUUCACUUGCACAGAAUAUAGAAUACUACAAUACCUUCAACUGUGAUCAAGUAAGCAUUACCGAAACGGAUAGAAUUAUCGUUGGUGUUGGUAUGCCUUCUGGUAUUGGUCUCAGGAAGGCUCUCGAAGCUAUGAACGCGGCACCAGAAGGUCAAAUAGAAGUUUCAUGGACUUGUCUAAGAGAAGAACCUGUUAUUUAUAUAGUUGGACACCCGCACGUUCUUCGAUUGGCAAACAAACCACUCACAAACGUUGAAAGUACUGGUGUUUCAACUGAAGUUGUUGAAGCUAUGGAAGAUACACUCAAAAAGGAUGUGAUAAUGGCAGCUAAAGAUACAGGCAGAGUGUUAUUACACGAUGAGCAAGAAAUAUCUCCUGGAAAUUACAAGAUUAUACCAAUUUGGCAGAAUGUUGAAGAAUCUGAUAUUUUAACACCAAGAGAAAUGUUCGAAGCUGUACAAAAGGAGGGAUACAGCGUAGAUUACGCUCGUGUCGCUAUUACUGACGAGCAAGCACCUUUGCCUAAUGCCUUAGCACAGUUGCAAAUGCGCUGCGUUAAAGCUUUAGAUAAUGGUUCAUCGAUGGCCUUCAAUUGUCAGAUGGGUAGAGGUAGAACAACGACUGGUAUGAUUGUCGGCUGCUUGGUUUCAUCUAUAUACCAUAAAUCGGGUGAUCCACUUAAAGCUUUAGAAGAACUGCAAGGCGAGAAAGAUGAUCGUGAGGGCAGCGAAAAUGAGAGUGAAGAUGAUGACGACUCGACUAACCCUCACAUAAACGGUGAAUACAGAUCGAUUCUCGAGCUUGUGGGUGUAUUGAAGCACGGAAAGAGGGCGAAAUUACUCGCAGACAAGGCUAUUGAUUUGAUGGAGGGCGUACAAAACCUCAGAAAAGCUGUGUACUCAUAUAAGUUGCAAGCCGAGGCACAAGAUAUUGGAACUCCGAAGCAUGAAAGAUUGGUGACAGUUGCAUGCAACUAUCUACACAGAUACGGCGCAUUAGUCUCCUAUUCGAAUUACCUGCUUGAAGCAGCUGAGCAUGAUAAGCAUCUAAACUGGCUGAGCUUCCCUGGCUGGCUGGCUAAACACAAAGACGUAGUAAAAAUAAUAAAGCGUAGUUCAUUAGAAUAAAAUAUUUUUAAAUUAUUUAUAUUUCCAUUUUCAUCAUAAACUCGC